CCCCCGUCCUGCCCCUCCCGCCGCCCCGCCCGGGCGGCCUGCGCUGGCCCAGGCCCGGCCCGGCCCGGGGUGGCGGCGGCGGCCCCGCGGCGCAGGGCCCGGCCCGGCGCGGCCCGGUGCCCCUCGCUGCAUCGCAGGGCUCUGAAGAUGUCCAACAGCAACACGGCACAGGAGUCCCUGGAAAUUAUGAAGGAAUCCGAAAAGAAGGUGGUGGAGGAAUCUGUGAACAAAACCAAAUACGUGUCCAGGUCACCGAGCAAGGAGGAGGUGGAGAAGGAUGGGGGAGAGGAGGUGAACGUGCGCCAGGAGUCUCAGGUGAGUGUGGGCAGGGAGAGCUGGGCCCUCACCUGCUGCUUCUCUCAACCUGUGCCUGUGCCUGUGCCUGUGCCUGUGCCUGUGCCUGUUCCUGUUCCUGUUCCUGUUCCUGUUCCUGUUCCUGUUCCUGUGCCUGUUCCUCUGGGAUGGAGCCAAAAGGGGGGAUUUUGCUCACAGGGCAUACCCGGCAGCUUGGGGAGGUCUCUGGGGGUCUCUGGGACACAUCUGGAGCAGGAGGACUGGGAGAAUCUCUGGGAGGUUCUGAUCUCCCAGAGUGCCUGCUUGAGGUUGCUCUGGGGCUAUAAGAAAAAAAUCCACCUGCAAUCUGUUCACCCUGCUGGUGUCUCCUUGGGCCAGUUUUCCCUGCUCUGUUACCUGUUACCUGCUGCUUUCCUCCCUGCCCAGGUCCCCAUGGCCAGUGAGUCCCAGAACGUGGUCCAGCAGCCCUUCCAGCAGCCAGUGCUUGUGCCAGCCAGCCAGUCUGUGCAGGGGGGGCUCCAGGCUGGAGGGGUCCCCAUCUACUACAGUGUCAUCCCCACUGCCCAGCAGAAUGGCACCAGCCCAUCCGUGGGGUUCCUGCAGCCUCCUGGCUCCGAGCAGUACCAGAUGCCCCAGUCCCCAGCACCCUGCAGCCCCCCACAGAUGCAGCAGCAGUAUUCAGGUACGAGGGGCACGGGCCCUGGCGUGGUGGUGAUGCAGCUGAAUGUCCCCAACGGCCCCCAGGCACCCCAAAACCCCCCCGUGGUGCAGUGGAGCCACUGUAAGUACUACAGCCUGGAGCAGCGGGGGCAGAAGCCAGGAGACCUCUACAACCCCGACACCAGUGCUCAGGCCAGCACCCAGCUGAACAGCCCCAUCACGUCCCCCACCCAGUCCCCGACGCCGUCGCCCGUCACCAACCUCAACAGCGUGUGCACGGGGCUGAGCCCCCUCCCCGUCCUCACGCAGUUCCCCCGGCCCAUGGGCCCAGCACAAGGUGAUGGGAGGUACUCGCUGCUGGGCCAACCUCUGCAGUACAACCUGUCCCUGUGUCCCCCGCCACUGCUGCACAACCAGCCCAGUUACACAGGACACCAGGGGCAGACUGGAAUGAAGCACGGAAACCGGAGCAAGAGACAGGCCCUUAAAUCAGCGUCCACCGACCUGGGGACAAGUGACGUAGUGCUGGGCCGGGUGCUGGAGGUGACAGAUCUGCCCGAGGGCAUCACACGGACAGAGGCCGACAAGCUCUUCACCCAGCUGGCCAUGGCCGGUGCCAAAAUCCAGUGGCUCAAAGAGACUCAGGGGCGCCGCGGGGACGGAGGAGGCGGCGGCGGGGACAACAGCGGGACUCCGGAGAACGGCAGGCACAGUGACCUCGCUGCCUUAUACACCAUCGUGGCCGUGUUCCCCAGCCCGCUGGCCGCCCAAAACGCCUCCCUGCGCCUCAACAACUCCCUCAGCCGCUUCAAACUGCGCGUGGCCAAAAAGAACUACGACCUGCGGGUGCUGGAGCGGGCCAGCUCCCAGUAGGGCACCCGUGGGCACCGGGCACUCCCUGGGCCUCUUCUCCUCCCGCCCUCCCUUCCUCUCGCCCUCCUUCCUUGAUAUAUUUAUAUGAACAUAAUUAAGAGACGAGAAGUUGAUUUUUUUUUUAAUUUUUUUUUUUUUUUUAAUUAUUAUUUUUGGAGUGACGCCCGUGCCCGCCCCCCUCCCCUGUGUCUAUGGUUUUGUUUAAGCACUGUGUUGGACCGCACAUACAGGUGUUGAUUGGUAUGUUCACUGCACAUUUUAUUUAAUCGGAUUAUUAUUUUGCUGGGGGAGGGGGGGGGAAUUUUUGGUUUUAUUUUUAUUUUGGGGGGGGUUGUUUUUAAAUAAAAC